AUGCAGAACAGACUAAUUUCUCUGGUACGCGAGGUGGAGCGCGUGGUGACGGCUUCUUACGUGCCCUCUCUUCAGGACCUCUACAGCAUUGUCUGCAACGUCCCUUUCUCGGUAAUUAGUUCUUGGUCAUCUUGCAAACCAUGCCAAGUUGCGGCUUUAGUCGACGUCCUUGUUGACGGGCUAUCUUACUCGAACGUCGCAUUAGAACUAAUAAGCAUCUUUGCACCGGUAGCAGCAUUCCGCGAUGCCUUGUUGGAGCGAUAUCCAGCGAUCCUGGACCAACUCCUCCAAAAGGCCAUCGAACCUGAGGACUCAAAGUACCUCUCGACGUGUACGGCACUGCUGUCUUCGCCUCUUCCCUCGGGUUUCACCGGACCAGCGCGUCUUGCCGGUCUUAUCACAAAAUUAGUUCAUCGCAUGGCAGAGUGCCCAAAUGCGGAUACCAUUCGACCAAUCAAUAAACUAUUGACUGGAUUAAAAACAUCACCCGGAACUUUCUAUGACAUCCCCGUUGAAACAAUGUCCACGCUCCAAGGAGAGCUCCUCAAGACGCUGCGCAACAUGGAUGACCACAUGGGUAACCUGCUCUGUCUAUCCACUUUCGCAUGUAUCGCUUCAUCGCAUAACCCUGGCAAAGAACACGAACACGGACUUCAACCGCCAUCUUGGCUCCACCAUGUCAGACAUUUCUUUGGGCCCAAGCGCGGCCUCAAAACUCUAGAUCUGGUUGUUUUGCGAGUGAUUCUUGCUUGCUCUGCUAACUGCAACAAUUUGGUUCCCAACGAGGCAGCAGAGAGUGUACAGUUGGCUAUUGCAGUCUGCGACACUGUUGAGCCCGAGCAGAAGCAGGUGUGGAUCUCCGGAAAUGCGUCCAAGAUUGCGAAACUUUGCGAAAAGGUGACAAGGGACGGGAUCAAUUAUGAGGUGCAGAUGAUGGUAUGGUAA